AUGUUGAGAGAAAGCGGAGAGAUGGUCUCCGGUUCAGGGAUCUACGCUAAAAGAGUGUUUGUGGAUGCGAUUCACCACAGGCUUGGCCGCUUGGCUUCCAUUUUGGCUAAAGAGCUCUUGAACGGCCAGGAGGUUGUGAAGAUGAAGUACUUGAGGUUCCUUCGCAAGCGAAUGAAUACCAAGCCUUCUCAUGGCCCCAUUCACUUCCAUACCCCUUCAAAGAUCUUGUGGAGAAUUGUUCUUGGAAUGAUCCCUCACAAGACUAAGCGCGGAGAAGCUGCUCUUGCACGGUUGAAGGUGUUGAGGAUUCAGGUUGGGCACAAAUAUUGCCUGUUGGGCAAACUCUCAUCAGAAGUCGGAUGGAACAAUUAUGAAAUUAUCAGGAGUGGAGUCCUCAUAAGAAAGAUCGACAUCAGUUCACGGCCCCCUGGCCCGAUUCAAAAUUCUUGCUCGAACCGGUGGCUAGUCGGUUCGCCUUCGCUGGAGCUGGAGCCCCGAUGGGCCGUCGAAGACCAUUACCUUCUGAAAUUCCUCAAGAACAAGAUCGAUUACCGCAGGAUCCACGGGAUCGAAAUCGUGUACAACAUGGCUAAUCUGGAUAAAGAAAUGGCCGGAUAUUGGGCAAAACUCCCUCUAAUCAGGCGUCUAAUGUUAUCCCAUCCUGAAUUCGAGUGGGUCUGGUGGAUAGACAGUGAUGCCCUUUUCACAGCCUUCACCUUCGAGAUAUGA